ACCAGGUCAAGAAGAUGAAGCCUAAUAAAGGGAAGACUUGCACUAGGGAGAGAGACUUUGUGUAUGAAUUCACUGCUGGAAAUCAGCAUUUAGUGCUCACUGUGCCUCUCAAAUUCCCUGUGCAAGAGAAUAUCAGCCACUUGCAUGGACGUCUGAUGGUCCUGCACAACCUGCCAUGCUUCAUAGAAAAUGACCUGAAGCAAUCUCUUAACAAGUUCAUAGAAGAGGAAACUAUCAAAGAUUAUGAUAGAGAAGCUGAAGUGGCUCUGGAAGCAGUGAAAUCAGGAAAAGUAGACAUCAACCAGCUGGCAGAUGCUUGGGCUAAAGCUUAUAAAGAGGUAAGAUUAAGACUGGAAAGUUAA